AUGGAGGCGGCUCUGCAAUUCCGCUUCCAGCCAUUCAGAUUGAAGCCCUUAUUCCAUUACUUUGCUACUUCCAAUCUGCUUCUUUCACCCUUCAAAAGAAGGACAAUUUCCCCUAUCCCUUCUCCUUCUGCCUUCCAUCUCCUUUGCUGCUCUUCCUCCAAUUCUUCCCCUGCCACCUCCACCGUCCCGGCCCCCGCCCCCGCCCGCCGAGCCCGGAGAGCCUCCUCUUCUGCCCCGUCAACUUCUGACGCUGAGGCCAUUCGCGCCAUCCGUAUCAACAAGGUUCAAGAGUUGAGGGGGAAGGGCCUUGAACCAUAUGCUUACCAGUGGGAUAGGACUCAUACUGCCAAUCAAUUGCAAGAAAUUUAUAAACACCUGGGGAACGGGGAAGAGUCUGAACCUGAUAGUGAUCAAGUUUCUGUAGCCGGUAGAAUAGUAGCUCGCAGGGCUUUUGGGAAGCUUGUUUUUCUGACACUGAGGGAUGAUUCGGGGACAAUCCAGCUUUACUGUGAGAAGGAACAGCUUGAAAAUGAUCAGUUUGAGCAGUUGAAAACGCUUUUGGAUAUAGGUGAUAUAUUGGGUGCAAAUGGCUCAAUCAAGCGCACAGAAAAGGGAGAAUUAUCGGUUCGUGUGAGUUCAUUUUCAAUCCUUACGAAAUCAUUGCUUCCGUUGCCAGACAAAUAUCAUGGCUUAACUGAUAUUGAUAAGCGUUAUCGCCAACGGUAUGUAGAUAUGAUAGCUAAUCCUGAAGUUGCAGAUAUAUUUCGGAAAAGGGCCAAGAUUGUCUCAGAGAUACGCAAUUCAGUAGAAUCUCAUGGCUUCAUUGCUGUCGAGACGCCAGUUCUUCAGGGAGCAGCUGGAGGAGCAGAAGCUAGGCCUUUUAUUACGUAUCAUAACUCUCUUGGUAGGGAUCUUUACCUUAGGAUUGCAACGGAGCUUCAUUUGAAGAGAAUGCUUGUUGGUGGGUUUGAAAAAGUUUACGAGAUUGGACGCAUUUUUAGGAAUGAAGGGAUUUCAACCCGACAUAAUCCUGAAUUUACUACAAUAGAAAUGUAUGAAGCAUAUUCAGACUAUCAAAGGAUGAUGGAUCUGGCUGAAGAAAUUGUAACGAGAUGUGCUCUUGCAGUGCAGGGAACUCUUGAUAUAAAAUAUCAGGGUAUAGAUAUAUGCUUAGAGAGGCCAUGGAGGCGGGAAACAAUGCAUAAUCUUGUGAAAGAAGCCACUGGAAUUGACUUCCUGACGUUCAAUGAUGAUGCUAUAUCCGCCAAAGAUGCCACUCUAAAAGCGCUUGCCAUUGGUGAUGAUAUUCAAUUCAAAUAUGCAAUUGAAGCAUGCCAAUCGGUCGGCCACGUGCUGAAUGAGGUUUUUGAAUUUGUGGUAGAGCCAAAGCUGUUGCAACCUACCUUUGUCCUGGAUUACCCGAUUGAAAUAUCACCCCUAGCCAAACCCCACAGAAGGCAUGCGGGGUUAACCGAAAGAUUUGAACUUUUCAUUUGCGGUCGUGAGCUAGCUAAUGCAUUUUCUGAAUUGACUGAUCCAUUGGACCAGAGAAAACGUUUAGAAGAGCAAGUAAGGGAACACAAUGAGAAAAAAGCAGUCGUUGCAGAAAACAUGAGUGAUGAUGACUCGUAUGAAGUGACUCUGGAUGAAGACUUCCUUACCGCUUUGGAGUACGGGAUGCCUCCUGCUUCUGGAAUGGGUCUUGGCAUUGAUCGGCUAGUAAUGCUUCUAACUGACUCGGCAAGUAUUCGUGAUGUGAUUGCAUUUCCGGUGCUGAAGAACCAGCAAUAA